UGCUGCUGUCAGAAUACUAGUCCAGAACCGACAGCGCCACCGACACCGAACAGCAUCGUCCAGAGCCGAGAACAACAACAGUAGCAAAAAACGGAUCAAAUAUGAUUUAAGGGGCAGGUUGGGUGUUGGCGGCAAAAGGGAACGCCGUUAUCCUCUUUAUUUUUUACCGAUUUCGAAUCCUCCCAGUAAUGGCUGGGGUCCAUGGCUCCGGCUGCUGAGCGGCAGGUGUAUUGUGGAGGACAUAUUUCUCAACCGUUAUGUAUUCAACUACGGUCGAUACACUGGUAGGUAAGGACGGAACCGACUGCUACCGGAAUUGGAUGUUGCUGUCGCGAGGAAGGCUGUAGCUGGGUGCGUCGUUCCGUCCUCGAGGCUGCGGUGCAGCAGUGGUUGUCGGCUCGAGGAGGGCGGUGUCUCUAACCCCCUGUAAAUAGCCUAUAUUUUUUUUUUUGUGAAUUAAAAUGUCUCAGUAUAAUUUAGUGGUUCAAGGUUAGAAAUCCUAACUGCCAAACAUGGAUACCACCCAAAUGAUAACAAUCUUUGAAAUCUUUCGGGAUAUGGAAUGACACAGGAGAAGUUUUAUUGAUGAUUAAUCCGAACGGAUUAUAAUUUCAAUGAUUAGUAUUUUCUCUCGUCUUGGUAAACGUGUUUUAUAACUGUAGGCCUAUCUAAGCAACAUCAUCUCACAUCUGGUAUCGGACCCAGGCCUCAUUUUGCCAAGAUGAUGGAAAUCGAUGAGGUUGUCUAUCAGGACGACUAUGGCUCGGUGUCUGUUAUGUCGGAGCGGGUGUCGGGCCUGGCCAACAGCAUCUACCGGGAGUUUGAGCGCCUCAUCAGCAGCUACGACGAGGAAGUGGUCAAGGAGCUCAUGCCGCUGGUGGUGAACGUUUUGGAGAAUCUGGAUUCGGUUUUAACGGAGAACCAGGAGCACGAGGUGGAGCUCGAGCUGCUGAAAGAGGACAACGAGCAGCUCAUCACCCAGUACGAGCGUGAGAAGGCGCUGCGCAAGCAGGCAGAGGAGAAAUUCAUAGAGUUUGAGGAUGCAUUGGAGGGGGAGAAGAAGGACUUGCAGACUCAUGUGGAGAGCUUGGAACUGCAGGGGAAACAGCUGGAGCUCAAGACCAAGAACUACUCUGACCAGAUCACUCGUCUGGAGGAGCGUGAGUCAGACAUGAAGAAGGAGUACAAUGCUUUGCACCAGCGACACACAGAGAUGAUUCAAACAUACGUGGAGCAUAUUGAGAGGUCCAAGAUGCAACAGGCAGGGAACAACAGCCAGUCAGAAGGGCCAGGCAGUGGACGAACCAAAGUGGAGCGUCCCCCGUCGUUGAGCCUGUACCCCAGUGGAGAGGGCAUGGGGAUGGAGGAUGGUUCCGAGUCGGACUCAGUGGCGGCCACGCCCAGUAGCACAGGAAGUAAGUCCAACACGCCCACUUCCUCCGUCCCUUCCGCCACCGUCACGCCCCUCAACGAGGGCUUCCUCCCACCCGGCGAGUUCGACCCAAUGCAUGCUGUAAACCGCGGCAUGAAGAGUGCUAAACACCUCAGCAAAAACAUGGAGGUGCAGGUCUCCCAGAAAACCAGGAAUGUCAGCAUCGGUAUGGGUAGCAGUGACGAGUGUUCAGAAUUCCAAGAGAUCAUCGAUUCCACACCAGAGCUGGAUAUGUGUGUGGACCCCCGUCUCUAUGGUGGAGGAAACAGUCCUUCCCAGGGCAUCGUGAACGAGGCAUUCGGUAUCAACACAGACUCCCUCUACCAUGAGAUCAAGGAUGCCAAGUCUGACAUAAUCGGGGAUGUUGACGCCGGGGCGGAGCUUCUAGGGGAGUUCUCAGUCCGUGAUGAUUUUUUCGGGAUGGGCAAGGAGGUGGAGAAUCUGCUGACAGAGAACAAACAUCUUCUGGAGACCAAAAAUGCUCUGAACAUUGUGAAGAAUGACCUGAUAGCCAAAGUGGACGAGCUCUCAGGGGACCAUGAGGUGCUGAGAGAGGAACUGGAGGCCCUUAGGACCGCCAAGAACAAAGUAGACACAAAGGUUAAAGAACUGGAAGAAGAGCUGAAGAGGUUGAGAGCAGAGGCUCUGACUCUGGGAGCAUCUCAGGACUCCAAGGAUGAAGGAGGAGAAGAUUACUCGUCUCCGAUGGUGGAUGGGGAUGUGACCAUGACGCAGCGUCGGCGUUUCACACGGGUGGAGAUGGCCAGGGUCCUGAUGGAGAGGAACCAGUACAAGGAGAGACUAAUGGAACUACAGGAGGCCGUCCGGUGGACAGAGAUGAUCAGGGCAUCCAGGGAGAGUCCUCAGAUGCAGGAGAAGAAGAAAUCCACCAUCUGGCAGUUUUUCGCCCGUCUGUUCAGUUCCUCGGCCAGUCCUCCGCCAGUCAAGCGUCCGUACUACAGCGUCAACAUCCACUACAAGUCCCCGUCCCCUGCAGGCUUCCCCCAGAGACGCAGCCACACCAUGUGUCAGAUCUCCACCUCAAACCGAACCCUGGAGUUUUUCCCAGAAGACGACUCUGCGCUGUCGGCUCGUCGUGAGCAGCGCCGGGAACAGUACCGGCAGGUCCGAGAGCACAUGCGCCGCGAUGACGGCAUCAUGCAGGCCUGCGGCUGGAGCGUACCGCCACGCUUCAAACAGACUGGUGCUCAGCUGGACAGUGCACUGGAAGGCCCGCUGAAGAAACAACAGGCCAAUGAGAAGGAGGACAACCGCAUGAAGAAUGUCCCUGUUCCUGUCUACUGUCGCCCCCUAGUAGAGAAGGACCCCAACAGGAAGUUGUGGUGUGCGGCGGGCGUGGACCUGACGGGAUGGAAGACGUGCACUCAGGAAGUGAUGACAGUUAAAGCUGGCCCCGGCAACAGCGUUACGAAUCCUCUAGCCAUUGAGGAGGGAGAGGGAGGAGACGGCAAGAGCAACCACAGCUCACCAGAGAAGAGAAAGUCUAAGGAGCUCCAUGAAACAGACACUAUGAGUAGCAGAGUCUGGAUCCUGACCAGUACCCACUCGGCCAGCAAGGUGGUCAUCAUUGAUGCCAACCAGCCCGGCUCGUUGGUCGACCAGUUCAACGUCUGCAAUGCCCACGUGCUCUGCAUCUCCAGCGUGCCAGCGGCCAGUGAGAGUGACUACCCGGCGGGUGAGAUCGUGCUGGACCCUGGGGAGGGUGGUGGUGAGGAGACAGGCGGGGUGGAGGGCAUGCUAGCAGGCAUCACCCUGGUGGGCUGUGCCACCAACUGUAGCGUGGUCCGCAGCAACUGCUCCUCGCGCACCGACACACCCGUACUGGACCGGGGACAAGCCCCCAUGGCUCCACCACUCAGUGGGAAGCUGCAUCCGGCCCAGUCAGCAGAGGAGGCCACAGAGGCUACAGAGGUGGCUGAGCCGGCCGCCAGCGAGACAGACGGCACCUUGGGACCUCCAGGGCCCUUCAUGGAGCACGUCUUCACAGACCCCCAGCCUCCGGUGGUUGAUGCUGGCAAAUACGACCGGUGUGCAGGUCAGUUAAAAGAGGAGUCUAACUCCCCACCCCAGGAGACGGAGGAUGGAAACGACGACCCCAAAGCUGGCACCAGCGUCGUCCCCACCAUGUGGCUGGGAGCACAAAAUGGCUGGCUUUACGUCCAUUCGGCAGUGGCCAACUGGAAGAAGUGUCUCCACUCCAUCAAACUGAAGGACUCUGUGCUCAGUCUAGUGCAUGUGAAGGGUCGUGUGCUGGUGGCUCUGGCAGACGGGACACUGGCUAUCUUCCACAGAUCUGAGGAUGGGCAGUGGGACCUGUCAAUACACCUGAUGGACCUGGGUAGACCGCACCACUCUAUCCGCUGCAUGGCCAUGGUCCAUGACAAGGUGUGGUGUGGCUACAAGAACAAGAUCACCAUCACCCCCCCUAUCCCCUCUCCACAUCAGAAGUCCUUUGACGUCCACCCUCGCAGGGAGAGCCAGGUGAGGCAGCUGGCGUGGAUCGGGGAUGGGGUGUGGGUGUCAAUCCGUCUGGACUCCACGCUGCGUCUCUACCACGCCCUCACACACCAGCACCUACAGGAUGUCGACAUCGAACCCUACGUCAGCAAGAUGCUGGGUACUGGCAAGCUGGGCUUCUCCUUUGUGCGAAUAACAGCCCUUCUUAUUGGUGGAAACCGCUUGUGGGUGGGGACUGGGAAUGGUGUGGUCAUCUCCAUACCACUGACAGAGACGGUAGUACUUCAUCGGGGACAGCUCCUAGGUCUGAGGGCCAAUAAGGUGUCUCCGACGUCGUCCGGCGGCGUGGCCGGGGGUGUUAUUCAUGUGUAUGAAGACGACAACCCAGAGAAAAGCAGCGGCAGCUUCAUUCCAUACUGCUCCAUGGCCCAGGCUCAGCUCUGUUUCCAUGGACACCGAGAUGCCGUCAAGUUCUUUGUCUCUGUGCCAGGUCAGUUAGACUGUGAUGGCGAGGACGACGAGACAGAGGAAGGGGAGGUGUCGGGGGGCGCCACGCAGAUGAAGCCUGCCGUAUGCAAAGCCGAGCGGAGCCAUAUCAUCGUGUGGCAGGUGUCCUACGUCCCCGAGUGACACUCCCACCCUCAAGGGUCACCUUGCAUCUCCCUGUCCCCCUUCUUGCACCCAGAUGAUCACCCACUUCUCCCAUCCUAAAACUAACCCACCCUACCCACCCCGCUCUUCCCUGCCCCUGUAUCUACCCCUGGUCAUGAUGUAACUAUCCCUAGGCUUGGAAAUGACCCCUCAGCCCCUGUACGUACUAUUACACCCCUUUUAACUAUCGAUAUCUCCCCCAAAGACCUUGUAACUACCUAUUGCCUUGUAAGUAUCACUCCCCCAGUCCAGUAACUUUCCAAAUACCUUGACUAUGACUACCCCCUUCCCCGCCCUGUUUUUUGCCGCUUCUACCAAUGUAAUUAUUUCCCCCCACCAUGAGCCUUGUAACUACCCCUGCCUCCUAACUACCUCCGCUACCCUGUAUCUACUCCCUAAAGCCUGGAGUGUGUCUUAAAUGGCACCCUAGUAUAUAUGGUGCAUUACUUUUGAUCAGGGCCCAUAUGGUGCUGGACAAAACUAAUGCACUAUAUUGGGAAUAGAGUGCCGUUUCAGACAUACCUGUAUUUAUUUCCCCUGGAAGUACAUCUGUAUCUCUCCUGUAUUGACCUUUGACUUGUAACGGCCUGCAUCUGCCCCCAAGCUACUCCCUGAUACCUACAAUCACCCCUAACUCCUCCCUUUCUCACCUUGCCCACCUGCAUCUUACCAACAACACAAGUACAGGAACAUUAAAGACUACUGCGUAAUAUAACGCCUCUCCAGAAAUUACCCAAGAUUUGCAGCAACAGCCAACCAGUAAUCCCAAAACUAUUUAUGGUAUGACUUACUAAAACCCCCCAACUCCAAUCAGCUUUCAGCUCACUGAACCACGCUGGAAACAGAGACAGCUGAUUGGUCAAGAGGAAUUCAGAGAUAGGCAGCUAUUGGUCGGAGUGAGUGACACAGUCAACUAGCCGCUCAUUGGUGAGUUAAAUGUAGAGAGAGAGAGACUGACAGUUGAUUGGUUGGUUCAGGGUGAUUUUACCUCAGCCAGCUGUUAGUUAGAAGGUGAGGAGACGUUGUUGAAUGUACGUGGAAAAAACAAGAUCAGUCUUGAAUGCAUUGGSCUGUAAAUACAGUGAAGUUUGAUCAGGAGGUCUGCAGACUCAGGAUGCAUCCCAAAUGGCACCCUACCCUUUAUAAUGCACUACUUUUGACUAGAGCCCUAUGGUUCUUUGUCAAAAGUAGUGUACUAUAUAGGGAAUAGGGUGCCAUUUGGGGUACAGGGGUACAGAUGUAGUAAAAUUCAUGGGGGAUGGCCAGUAAAUCAGGUGUAGUGGAGUAAAGAGAAACUCUUGAUUUGGCAUCAGAGGAUGAACAGGGAUUGUAAUUGUUCCACGUUAGAAGCAAGUUUCCAGACAGCCUUAUGGACAUAGAUUGGCUGUGUUUGAGCGCAUCAAAUAUGUGAUGCAUUGUGGGUAAGUUGGAACUGACUGAUUGAUCUACAAAUAAUAAUGAGUAGUUAUUUAUGAUGCAAGGUGAUUUGUAGAUCAGUCAGUCGGCUGCACUGUCGAUCAAACCCAAACUCUCCUGUAGAGAAAAUGGACAGGUAAAGAGUCUCAGUUCUAUUUCAGCCUUUGUAAAAACCUAUCUCCUCUCAGGUCUGUGAACACCAAAUGGGUAAGGGCGUAGGGGAAAGUAACCGUGCCGAAAUGUAACUGUGCCAAAUAGUGGAAGGAGAGAGAGAGAGCCAGGCAUAUCCUCGAGCUGUGAGCUGAUUGGUUCAUAACUGAUUCACCAACCACCCACUGCUCUAAUUCGCUGUUCCCAGACUGACAGUUGGACAGUGAGGUUUGUGCUUGGUCGCCUGUUUUGAGUGACAGCUGUCAUUGAGGAUUCUGUAACUCUCCAGACAUGCCCAAGGCCCCUUCCCCUCUUGUUCAGUAUGUAACUCAUAUCUAUUUAUCUGUGUGGAUUAAAUAUUAAACCUAGUGUGCGCUGAAAACCAGA